AUAAGAUUUCGGACAGCGCAAAGAGAGAGAGAGAGAGAGAGAGAGAGAUAGAGAGGAAGCCUCAGAGCGCACACAGCUCCUCGUCCUCCUUCGCAACAACAGCCCCCUUUGUCUUCCCCCGAUUCCCGAGGGAACCCUAGCUCUCCCAAUCCCCUCCGUCGUACCCACCGAGCUGCGCCGCACCCGUGACGCAGCCCCCCCCGCCGCCGCCGGCCCCCCGGAGAUUUCCGCGCGAUCGGGUCACCCGUGACGAGCUUUCGAUCGUGAAGGAGCCGAUCUUUCUGGUUCCGGUCCCCGAUCGUGUUUCCUCCGCCGCAUUCUGGGUCGAUCUUCCGGGUUCUUGAAUUUUUUUAUGUAACGGGUUUCGCCUUCCGAUGAUGGUUCUGGAUCGUGUUAUUGGAGUGGAUGAUCCGUCGUGUGUCGGCGGGAGUCGGGUUGCUUCGGAAAGAUGAGAAGAUUGAAGAGGGACUCUUAGUGACUUAUUGUGGGUGUGAGUUGCAUGGGAAGAGGAUGCCAAAGCAGCGAAGUGGAGCACGGCAAGGUCAUCUGAGAUCAAAGAAACUUGAUGAUAUUCCAGCCCCAUCGCAGCCCAUAGGACAAGCAGAAAAUCCAGUAUUGCCUGCGCCAAACAGAAGGCGUGGUGGUGCUGGGAGAGGAAGAGGCUCCAGGGCUGCAGCAACUGCUAAAAGGCCUUCAGUAGCACCAGCUAGACCAACGGUUGGCGGUAGAGGAAGAGGCAUUGGGGUUAUUGACUUAGACCCUGAUCAGCCUUGCGAGAUAUUACCUAGAGCUGCUGCGGGAGGAGCUGUUGUUGUUGGUGCUGAAGGUUUCUUUUUGAACCAAGCAGCAGAGGGAAUUGCUGACAAAGAUCUGGCAAUGGAAGGUGGAAGUGGUGACAAGGUGAUGGUAGCUGAAGGUGAAGCUACUACAGCUCCGGUACCUGAACGGGUUCAAGUAGGUAACUCACCUGUGUAUAAGAUAGAGAGGAAAUUGGGUAAAGGUGGUUUUGGUCAGGUCUAUGUUGGUCGAAGAGUAUCUGGCGGAAAACAAGGAACAGGUCCAGAUGCAUAUGAGGUGGCUCUUAAAUUCGAGCAUCGAAGUAGUAAGGGUUGCAACUAUGGCCCACCAUAUGAGUGGCAAGUCUACAAUUCUCUUAAUGGAUGUUAUGGAAUUCCAUGGGUUCACUAUAAGGGUCGUCAAGGAGACUACUACAUUUUGGUUAUGGAUAUGCUCGGUCCUAGUCUUUGGGACGUUUGGAAUUCUGUAGGCCAAGCGAUGUCUCCAAAUAUGGCUGCCUGCAUUGCGGUGGAGGCUAUAGCUAUUCUUGAGAAACUUCACUCAAAGGGGUUUGUGCAUGGAGAUGUUAAGCCAGAGAACUUUCUACUAGGACAGCCUAGAUCUGCUGAUGAGAAGAAGCUUUUCCUUAUUGAUCUUGGUUUGGCAUCUAGAUGGAAAGAAGCAUCAUCUGGCCAACACGUUGAAUAUGAUCAAAGACCAGAUAUCUUUAGGGGAACAAUUAGAUACGCAAGCGUGCAUGCUCAUUUAGGACGUACAGGUAGCAGGAGGGAUGAUCUGGAGUCGUUAGCCUACACAUUGAUAUUUAUUAUCAGAGGAAGGUUACCUUGGCAAGGCUAUCAGGGAGAUAACAAGAGUUUUCUUGUUUGUAAGAAGAAAAUGGCUACUUCUCCAGAGAUAUUAUGCUGUUUCUGUCCGCCUCCAUUCAAACAAUUUCUUGAGAUUGUGACAAAUAUGAAAUUUGACGAAGAACCAAAUUACUCCAAACUUAUUUCACUUUUUGAUGAUUUAAUUGAACCAUGCACUUCUCUGAGACCUAUCAGAAUUGAUGGAGCUCUAAAGGUGGGGCAGAAACGUGGUAGACUGCUUGUAAACCUUGAAGAGGAUGAGCAGCCUAAGAAGAAAGUCCGUCUGGGAAGCCCAGCAACUCAGUGGAUUUCAGUUUACAAUGCUAGGAGACCAAUGAAACAGAGAUACCACUAUAAUGUAGCGGAUGCAAGACUUCAACAACAUAUAGUAAAAGGAAUGGAAGAUGGUUUAUAUAUCAGUUGUGUGGCAUCUUCAGCAAAUCUCUGGGCCCUUAUUAUGGAUGCGGGAACAGGUUUCAGUUCCCAGGUUUAUGAAUUAUCACCAAUGUUCUUGCAUAAGGAUUGGAUUAUGGAGCAGUGGGAGAAGAAUUAUUACAUAAGUGCAGUAGCUGGUGCCACAAAUGGGAGUUCAUUAGUUGUAAUGUCUAAAGGAACCCCUUACACGCAGCAAUCCUAUAAAGUUAGUGAAUCAUUUCCUUUUAAGUGGAUCAAUAAAAAGUGGAAAGAAGGUUUUCAUGUUACAUCCAUGACUACUGCUGGCAGCCGCUGGGGGAUAGUCAUGUCAAGGAACUCUGGCUAUUCUGACCAGGUUGUAGAGUUAGACUUUCUUUAUCCAAGCGAAGGAAUCCACCGAAGAUGGGAGAGUGGUUAUAGAAUAACUUCCACUGCGGCCACUCCCGAUCAAGCUGCUUUUAUUUUGAGCGUACCAAAGAGAAAAUUGAUGGAUGAGACACAGGAAACUCUUCGAACCUCUACAUUCCCGAGCAACCAUGUAAAGGACAAAUGGGCAAAGAAUCUGUACAUUGCUUCGAUUUGCUACGGUCGGACAGUGUGCUGAUACUUGAGCCGAUUACAUAUUUGUGAAGAUAAAAAGAUGUUGAAGUCAUUCAGAUGUUGGAAAGUGUUCGUGAAUAUGCCAUCACAUAUGUAAGUUUUGUUGCAGUUUGCGUUGCUAUGAAUUGGAUUACUUUUUGACUCCUGUCAUAUAUUUUGUGCUUCCCAUACUCUUUUUUGACUCCUGUCAUAUAUUUUGUGCUUCCCAUACUCUAUGAUCCAUAUA